AUGAACCCUAUACUCGACACAGCACUCUCCUAUGCCCUUCGAUGCCUCAUCUUCCUCGUCAUAUCGAUCGCCAUCUUCAUCGUACUCCAAUCAAUUCGAAUCUCCAAAGCCCCUCACGACAUUCCCUGGGUCGGACUCAAGAAUCGAAGAUUCUUCCCAAAACUACGAGCAUGUCUUUCUGAACUCACAGCUGGUCAAUCGAUGCUCGACGAAGGCUAUGAGAAAUACGGCAAACACAACCUCCCCUUCAUCCUCCCCAGCAUGCUCUGGAAUGCUAUCGUCCUUCCCCCCUCCAACGCCGUCUGGAUCGCCCAACAACCCGACUCCAUCCUCAGCGGCAACACCACCAUGGACGAACUCAUGGGCCUCGGACACCUAACCCACGGACCCAAUGCAGAAUCCUGUCGAGACUUUACGGUCAUUCGACGGGAUCUGACAAGACAGUUCAUGAGGCUCUCGGGUCAAGUUUACGAGGAGAUCCAGGCUGCCUUCGAUGAUGAGUUGGUUGAUGUUGGGGAGGAUGAGUGGACUGAGGUGAAACUGCAGAGGGUCUUGCUGAAUGUAGCCUUCCGCGCUGGGAACAGGAUUUUCGUCGGGUUGCCCAUGUGCAGAGAUAAAGCGUACAAGAAAGCCGUCGAUCGAUGGACGCAGGCAUUUGGGAUCAGUACGAUGAUGUUGAGAUUCUUGGUGCCAGAACAGCUCAGGGAUGUGUUCCUGAGGAUUGCGGCGAUUCCGACGAAGUAUUUGGAACGACGGGCGGCGAGGUUCUUCCUGGCGAGGAUUGAAGAAAGAUUGGUAAGGCUGCGAGGAGGCGAGGAGGGCCCGAAGGAACAAGACAACGAUAUGAUGCAGUGGAUCAUCGAUCAGAACGCUUCCAAAACCGAUUCGAGAGAGCUGGAGUCAGGGAAUAUCGCAGCCAAGAUGAUCCUGUUGAACAUCUUUGCAACGGCCACAACAGGCGUACAGAGCGGAACAACUAUUUUCAACCUCCUGACCUCCUCACAUACUUCCUCAAUAAUCCCUCAACUCCACGCCGAAGCCAUCAAAACAAUGCCUCGCAUCCUCGAAGAUCAACGCAAGAUCCGCGAAAUGCACAAACUCGACUCCUUAAUCCGCGAAACCCUCCGCUACCAUCCCAUGACACCGCAAGGUCUGGUCAGACAAGUCGUGCAACCAGGCGGCCUGACAAGUCCAGAGGGCGUGUAUCUGCCCGAGGGGACGCAUGUCCACUCUAUAGUGAAGAACAUGCACCACGACUCCCAACUAUUCGGCGAAGGAGCUGAUGAGUUCGACCCAUUGAGAUAUUACAAGCCACCUUCUGGUGAUCAAAAGAGCGCCGUGCAUAUCAGCUCAGACUUCCUCCCAUGGGGUUUGGGGAAGCACGCUUGUCCAGGGAGAUUCUUCGCCGUGCAUGUCAUGAAGCUGAUGCUGGGACACCUGUUCCUGAAGUAUGAUUUCGAGCCGUUGAAGGAGAAGCCGAAGCCGGUGCGGAUUGGUGAUAUGGAGUUUCCGAGCGAGGAGGUGGUGGUGAGGAUGAGGCGGAGGGAGGGUGAAGGGAGCGGUAUCGAGAGAUAG